CUUUUUUGAUUCGUCAGAUUAUUCAUAAAUAUAUUUGCAAAGCUGAAAAUAUAUAAUUAAUAUAAUAUUUUUUUCGAAGGUGUUUCCCCCAGCACUUCUAUCUGUUUUUGCAUACUUAUAUACUUGUACAUGCAUAUAUGAUAUGCAUACGUCAUAUCAAAAUAAAAAUGUUUUAAUUUUCUGAUGCAACAUUUGUCAUAUAUUUGCUCAAACAAAAGCAAAAAAUAAUGAAUAAAUGGCAAAAACCUCAACUUGACACUCUAGUCAAGCAUAUAUACAUACAUACAUAUAUGAUAUGAGUUGAGUAGACAGUCGUCGAGUUAACCAGACAGCGAUUAAAUGAAGAACGUUCAAGUGCCUAUGGCGAGUGUGCGAUCACCUCAAGUGUAGGCAAAAGCUUAAUAGAGCAUUUAAUGUGAAGUAUGCAUACUACAUACAUACAUACAUAUGUACAUGUAUAUGUAUUUAAUGCAAGCUAUGCAGUAGCACAGACAUACUUGUACAUGUCGCGAUCAUUUACAUCAGACGCUCCAAUUAUACGCACUGCUUAAAAGAGGAAAUGAAAAAAACCGAAAAAAGCUAUGUAAAAAACCACUUGGCUAGACACUGAAAUAUUUUGAUACAUAUAUAUAUAUAUGUGCAUCUUUUACACUGUCACUAUAUCUAAAAAUAAACGAGCACAACUUUUUCUGCCGUUGAAUGAAGAAAUUUACGUCACCAAGUACAUUUUUUUCGCUCUGAAAUUGUAUGUUAUGUGGCGGCUUUUGGUGGAUACCUUGGCCAAGAAAUUAGCCGUUGCCAAUGGCUAAGAACUUACACUAGACUUGAGCAUUGAAAGAAACGAUUAUUGAAUGUUGAAUGAAUUAGUUUGUAAAUUUAAAACUUAUAACGAUCUUGUCGCAUGAUCUGCAAUUGAAUAUAUAUUGUAACAAUGCUGGUUAAUACUUUAAGACAUAAAAAUCGAAAAUACUAGAGCCAAAUUUUAAAGUUUAUUUUGUAAUAUAAUUCUUUAACGUCUGUGUAUAUAUUUUUUGGGCAAGUGGCUGCACGAUCACUGAUUUAGCUUGUAAGUAGAAACGCUUUUAGGACAAAUUAUUGGUAAUUAUUUGUAUAUAGUAAUUUAAUUCUUUAUUUAUUAAACAAAAUGCUACUGAAAGUUCAGUUCUCGUUUGAAAAUUCGAAUAUUUCAACCUUGAACCAACCCGGUUCCCAUCAGACACUGGUUAAAUUUCGAAAAUUUCUAUCAUGAGAAAAAUUUUUUUCCCAGAUAAAAGAAAAAUUACAUACAUAUUUGUAUGUAUAUAUGUUUCAAUAUUAUUCGAAGAAAACCAUUAUAAAACCCAACAGCACUUGCUCUAAAUACUUAUAUUCCAAAGUCCAUAUCGCCUUAAAUAACUCAUUCGAAUUUCUACAAAAGUCUGCGAAAGUAUUUUUUAUAGCGUAUACUCAUACAUAUACCUUAGCAAAAAAAUUUCAUCACACAUUAUUUAUAUAAUAAACUUACUAAUCCAAUUUAAGCUACUUAGCUUCUGAGCUCUAAAUACCACCCAUGUUACUUACCAUAGAAAUACAAAUUCAUUGAAAAAAAAUCUGCGUAUCAUUCUAGUAUGAUCGUUCUUACUGACCCAUUUAAAGCAAGAAACACAAAAAAAUAACAGCAACAUAUCAGCAUUAAGCAAUUAAAGCUGUCAUUAAUGUCGCAUAGCCAUACAAAAAUAUUAUGUGAUCACUAUAAUACGGAGAUCUAUUAGAACACAAUAAAAAUAAAUAUUAAAACUCUUUUACGAGCGUUUAAUAGCGCGCAUUAAAUGCUAUGAGGAUUGUGCUCGAUCACACAAAGCUUGUCACAUAUAUAUGUAACAAACAACCACGAGACCUAUAGUUGUACUACACCCAGUAGGAAAAAAAUACGUUCGUGUACCAAAAUCUAGAUCAUUCCGGAAUUGACUAGCUUAAAGUAGUUGCGUUAGAUAAAUAGAUUUAUGCAGUUGAAGCCAUUGUGUCAAUGUGCAAACAAUUUAUAUUCUCUGCUUACUUGAUUAUGCGAAUGUCUUGUUCGUUUCGUCGGUCUCUUAGUUUUGGUAAAAUGAAAGCAACUAUUGUAUUUAUUAAGAAUAUGUUUUAUUAUAUCAUCUAUGGCAAACCAAAGUAUUUAAUUGUUCAAUUUGGCACUUGGUUUGUAAAACUAUAGUAAUUUUUAUUUAAAAAAAAUAUAUAAUUAGAAUAAUAUAAGCAUUAUAAAUUAUAAAAUUAUUAAUAUAAUUUAAAUUAUAUACAUUUUUAAUUAAAAUAAAUAUUACUGAUAAAUUAAUUAAAUCGAAAGAGCAGUGUAAACUAUAAACAUAUAAUAGUAUAAAAAUUUCCCAUUAAAAAAAUAUUUAUAAUAAUUUAUCGAGAGAACAUCACUAUAUGACAAAAUAUGAACAAAUUAAAGUCUCCAUAAAUUUCCAAUUCCCACCACAAGGCUGACUAUGCCUUUCGACCUAUUAGUGCUUUAUGUUUAUCCAAUUUUAGAUAUUACAGUGUGACAAAAGCUAUAAACUCUUUGAAAAUUUACUCAGCAAAGUUUGAAAUUUCUUGAAGGGCACACAUAUUAAAUAUGUAUAUUUGCAAAAUAUGUCCGAAAUUGUGAUUAAAUCGCACAUUGAAAUUCGAUUGUAUACUUUAACAAUUAUAUUUCUUUUUAACGCGAAAUUCUGUAUUUGUGUGUAUAUUAUAUUUCAAACACUGUAUAAUUUUUGCUAAGCGCAGCAUUAUUAUUAUUGGGAAGCCCACGAAAGGAGAGGCAAAGCUAACGUGGCACAGGCAUGACUCACGGCUCAUGACAUGAUUUAUAAAAUUUUAUUUUUAUUUUUAUUUUACUUUCUUUUUUGUUUUCUUAAUUUUUAUUUCUGUUCCGAUUUGUGUAGAGUUGUUUGAAGCGCUUGGCUGGUCAUUUAAGCAUUUUCUCGUCUUACCUAAUUAGCAUGACAAUUAGUGUGAUGCUACCACCGGUACGACGAGCACCUUGAACACGCUGAAGUGGCUUCUGGAUAGAAGCAAUUAAUCGGUAAAAUACAUGACAACGCUGCAGGCAAAUAUAUAAUAAAUUAUAUAUAGUUCUAUAUAUAUAUAUAGUAUACUACUAAAUCAAAAAACCAAAAAAAAAAAAAGUUAGGAUCACUUGCUUUACAAGUAUAUAAGUGUUCGGCUCAUCUGGGGGCUUUCUAGUGCGCGCAGUGACGGUCAAAAAUGAAUAUAAACACAUUAUUAAUAGCACAGCUUGUGCUUUUCGCCGCCUGCAUACAGGGCAGAGCUAUUGAAGAUGUCGACAAUUCGAUUGAGAAUACCGGUGAAGGUGAUGGUGAAGGACAAACGGAGAAACAGCGUUCACCCUUCGAGCAUGACUGGAUCAAAUUCGCUAAGAAACCACCAACUAAAUUGUUGCAGACGUUCGGUCAGCCAGUUGAGAUUGCCUGUGAAGUGAUGGGCUCACAAGUGCCCACGAUACAAUGGGUUGUGGGACAUUUGCCAUUGUCUGAGAUCGACAGCGUUGAAUCCAAUGUUAUAUCCGAAUCAUCAGCGAGUGCCAUCGUGCGUGUACGUUCUGUACAUGUCAUCGAUCAUAUGUUGAGUGAGGCACGCACCUAUACAUGUGUCGGUCGCACCGGUGCCAAGACCAUUUACAGCUCCACAAUUGUCUAUCCACAAGCGGACAUGAAGGAGCUGAUGCAAGUGCGCGAUAAACCAUUCUCUGGCCCACAGAAACCACGCAUUGUCUACCACGAAAAACUCCAUUUGGACUUGGUCGACUCGAAUAUUGUAUUGCCAUGCAAGGUGCAUGCUCGUCCACGUGCUGAGGUCUUCUGGAUGAAUGGCGAAGGCAAAUUAAUUGAACCAAAUCAUCGUUUCAAAAUUUUACCCUCCGGUGAUUUGCUACUCUCAAAUAUCAAGUGGGAAGAUAUGGGCGCCUACAGGUGUAUAGCACGUAAUGCUAUGGGCAAGGAUACUGCGGAUACGUUUGUCUAUCCAGUACUUAAAGAAGACAAAUAAACCAAUUGUGGAUAUGUGAAAAUGUCGUCUCCCCACCCACCUAAAACAAACACACACACACACGAAACAUUACACAAGGCAGUUGUACGUAUGUAAAUGAAUGCACACGAACAUAAAAAACGGUUCCUAAGUGAAAUAUGAUACCAUUGUAUUGUACGUUUUAUUAUAGAUAGUUAAAAUGCCUGCAAAGGUGCUACCCCAUAUUUGCGUAUGCUUUUUAUAAAAUACAAAAGCAAAAAAAAAUAUAUAAACUUAAAAAAAAUAUUUAAAAAAAAAACACAAACAUUUCCAAUAAAACAAAAAAAAAAGAACAAAAAUAUUUAAAAACAAAUUAAAAAAAUUUUAAAAAUAUUUUUUAAAACACUUGAAAAAAAUAAAAGAAACACAGAAAAAAUGUACAAAAAAAAAACAUACCAAAUAAUAAUAGGCUAUUUUAUUAAAUAAUUAUGUAAACAAGUAUAUACACAAAUCAAAAUAUGCACACAAACAUAAAAGUAUAAUUUUUAAACAAACAAAAAACGCUAAUGAAAUGUAACCAGCUCAGUUUCUUUCUUUAAUCCGUGUAUACUGGCAACGCUUGCCUUGCGCAUGCCUAACUGUACACAAACACAUAAACAUACACAGGCACACGCCGCAUGUCGGCAAAGCUACAAAUAACCGCAUUAAAACUAUAAAUUAUAUCACCGAUUCGUUGUGCGAGUAUACACAAGUCCACACACACAUACAUGCAAACAUACGCAGUUAACAAGACUUUGUUUUUAAUAUUAUAUAAUUAUGUAUUACCUUAUUUUUUAAAUAUACUAGUUUCUUAUUCGCAAAUUGCA